GUACCUGAAAAGGAAGAAAGAUCUGGUGGUACUUGAUGAUAUAUGGACUAAAGAUGCUUGGAAGGGUUCGGUUUCUGCAUUUCCAGAUGAGAAAAGGGGCAGUAGAGUGAUGCUCACGACUCGCAAUGAAACAUAACACUUCCUGCACCUGAAUGCCUUUUAAAUCUAGAUAAGUUGGGGAGAGAGAUGAUUGCGAAACAUGGAGAUUUGCCUCUAGCAAUUACUGUAUUGGGAGACCUUCUAUCAAGGAAAGAGCAGUCUGGUAAAAAGUGGGUUGGAUAAAGUGUUUAUAAGUGUCCAAUGGUGGCUAAAUGAAAGCAAAGAUCAGAUCUAGGGCACAUUGACACUAAGCUAGCAUGACUUGCCCUAUUACUUGAAGCCCUGCUUUCUUUAUUUUGAAGCAUUUCCUGAAGACUCUUGUGAGUGACUUGAUUAAGCUGUGGAUAGCAGAAGGAUCCGUGCAACAAAAAUGAGAAGAAGAAAUGGAGGAUGUUGCAGAGGAUUAUCUCGGUGAGCUCAUUAGUAGAAGCAUGAUUCAGGUGGCGGAAAGGAAGAGGAAUGAAACAGUUAAAAAAUGCCGCAUUCAUGAUCUUCUAUGCGACUUCUCAAUAUCAAAAGCCAAUGAGGAGAGAUUUCUGUCCGUGUAUGGGAACUUAACGCCUACAUCACCGACAAUAGCACGCUGGCUUGCAAUUACUUCUCGUUGCAUCUGGAAGUCCAUCUCUCUCAACUGCGCCGCUCUACACAUCCGCUCUUGUUGUACUUCAGUAGACAGACUGAAAUUCUGGAGAAACCGCAGCAGUUGAAAAUCCUCUAGGGAGCUUUCAAAUUACUUAAGAGUGAUGGAUCUAAAAAAAGUACGAAUCUCCAGCCUCCCUGAUGAAAUUGGGUAUCUAAUCCACUUGAGGUACAUAUGUUUCUCAGGAAUGUACCUAGAGAUGCUACCAUCCACCUUUACCCACUUAUCCAAUUUACAGACUCUCAAUCUAAAGAAUACAAGUAUCCACAUGCUACCAGAUGAUAUUGGGAAGAUGGACCAGAUACGGCACCUACUGCUCUUCAGACAGUGUCGAAGCAGCAAUGGCACACAACUCCAUCACUUAAGCAAACUUCAGACUCUCACAUCAGUAGAAGCGGGCAGCUGGAUAGAAGAUGGGUUGGAAAAACUGACCAAUUUAAGAGAAUUAGGAAUAACAGGAGUGGAAAUAAGAGGAGAUCUCGACAUGAAACAGUUAAAAAUGCCGUAUUCAUGUUCUUCUAUGCGACUUCUCAAUAUCAAAAGCCAAGGAGGAGAGAUUUCUGUCCAUGUAUGGGAACUUAGCGCCUACAUCACCGACAACAGCACGCCGGCUUGCAAUUAGUUCUCGUAGCAUCUGCAAGUCCAUGUCUCUCAACCACUCCACUCUACACAUCCUUUCUUUGUUGCACUUCAGUAGACAGAUUGAAAUUCUAGAGAAACUGCAGCAGUUGAAAAUCCUCUAGGGAGCUUUCAAAUUACUUAAGUGAUGGAUCUCAAAAAGGUACGAAUCUCCAGCCUCCCUGAUGAAAUUGGGUAUCUAAUCCACUUGAGGUACCUACGUUUCUCAGGCAUGUACCUAGAGAUGCUACCAUCCACCGUUACCCGCUUAUCCAAUUUACAUACUCUCAAUCUAAAGAGUACAAGUAUCCACAUGCUACCAGAUGAUAUUGGGAAGAUGGACCAGAUGCAGCACCUACUGCUCUUCAGACAGUGUCGAAUCAGCAAUGGCACACAACUCCACUUAGGCAAACUUCAGACUCUCACAUCAGUAGAAGCGGGCGGCUGGAUAGAAGAUGGGUUGAUAAAACUGACCAAUUUAAGAGAAAUAGGAAUAACAGGAGUGGCAAUAAGAGGAGAUCUCGACAUGACAUUAUCCCGUUCCGUUAGUAAGUUGGUCCUCCUCAGAUCAUUGUUACUAAUUGCGGGUCAUCAAAGCACAAUUCCAGCUUUAGAGUUCUCCUCAAAUCAUCAGCAUCUAUAUAAGAUGGAGUUGAGUGGAUGCAUAGAGAAAUUACUGGACCUGCAUGAAUUCCCACCUAAGACUGUCAAAAUUAGAGCAAGACCAGAUGGGAACGCUGGAGAAGCUGCCAAAGCUUCGGAUUCUCAAAUUACAAAUUAGUUCUUACAUGGGAAAGGAAAUGGUUUUCUCCGUCGGAGGGUUGCCACUGCUUGACGAUUUGUAUGUCUAUAUUGAAUGAAUUAGAGGAGUGGAGAGUGCAGGAAGGAGAGAUGCCCAAUCUUAGAUGUUUAUGUAUUAUUUACUGCAGAAAAUUGAAGAUGCUCCGUGAUGGAUUGCGACAUGUCACCACCCUUCAAGAAUUGAUUUAAGAUCCGACACAUACCUUCUCUUAUCA